AUGACGGAGAGGCUAGGCAGGCGUGAAGUCUCCAUUUUUUGGGAUGUGAGCGCGUCCCCUAAAUCAAGCUUGGGCGGCUACAACGUGGCUUCCGCCAUCCGCAACUUUGCAACUCGUUUCGGAGUGAUCAAGUCCUUCAAGUUCUAUAUGGACGCUGGCCAUGGCUUUCCGAAUUCCCUUGCGUCGGAACUACAAUGCUCAGGAGUGACAAUCAUCGAUACCGUUUCUAAUGGCCGGAAAGGGGCGUCGUCCAAGAUGAUGUUGGCUGAUUGUUUCAUCCUCGCCAUGGAUAACUUCUCAAACUCUUCUGACAUUGUCCAUGUUGUGAUCACUGCGGAUCCCGACUUGAGCUACAGCAUAUCGUUACUUCGAUUCCGAGGAUAUCACAUCAUCGUAAUAUGUCCUCCCACAUCCGACAGAAACGUGCAGCGACUGGCGGAAGGGAAUGGAUUUGACGACGACAUUUUUGACUUUCCUUCUCGUGAUUCCUUCUCAUCACCAGAUAGAGGAGGCUCCUCGGGCUCGGAGGGGUCUCCUCCAAGCCACGGCAAUGAUCGCAAGGGAAAGGGGGUUGACCGAGGUCAUGCCGGCCUUGGUAUUUCGAACAUGGCAUGGGGUGCGAGAGCCACGCCGAAAACUCAUGUUCAACGUGCGGAGGAACCCAACGAUGCUGGAUCGUUUGUGGCUUACCCGCGGUGCGCUGAAGAUGAUCGAGCAGAGCCGGCGGACGAAAAACCGCCAACUCGGACGCCUCCACCCUCCACACCACCUUUUACCCCUCCACCGACGUUAUCUGGCUCAGCAUGGCCGUUCACUGCUCCAUACAGGCAGGAAGAAGAGACUGAUUUUAUCUCUCCUGACUUGGUCAACAAGGAGGAUGCUCCCAACUCGCCCUCAUCAGAAACUCAAUUUUCCGAUUUCUCCGUCAUACCACCUGCCUCGUUUUCGACAGCGCCAACGUCUUCUGUGCCGUACUCUGCCUUGUUCGAUCCCGACGACGACAGAAAGGGUUCACUCAACUUCGGAAAAACAGCGACGACCUCAAUCCCGCCAUACACAGCGCCGAGUUUCUCUCCUCCCCCACCCCUUGCACCGUCUCUUUCUCAGCAGACAGCAGGGAGCCAGACCACCGUCAGAGCCCCAGUGCCUCGCUCACCGGCACCCGAGAUACCACCUCUGGAUGAUGAAGGCUCGCCACUCCCACAAGGAUCAGUUCCAUUGACCUCAACCCAGGCAUCAAGUUCGCGUAUCCUAGUUCCAGAUGAUGGAAAAUCUUCGACAGGGGCGACUUCGCCUCUUGGGGCCCAGUCCACUUUGCCGCUACAAGCUCAUUCGGGCGUCCCCUCGCGCUUUGCGCCCUUGGUGGCCCAUCUCUGGACAGAGACGCUGGCAGAGAGGACGCCUGUUCCCUUUGGUGACCUGGUGAAGAGCAUUGAUGCUAUAUUGCCCGACUUGUCUAUGACAUGUGCCACGGACGACCAGACGGAUGCAAGGCUGCUCGAAUACCUUCGGCAGGCGGAAAAGUUGAAUCUCAUAACCAUCACAGGCAAGAAGAAGAAUAGGAAGAUAUCGCUCGGCUUGCAGCGACUGUACGAAGCGAAAUGUUUCGCUUAUCGUUCCAGCAGAUCGUCUUACAGUAGCUCUCCGCCAUUUUUCGUUCCUCCUCACUUCCAGCCCUUGGUGGACUACAUGCGAUCCCAGAAGCUGAACAAUGGUAUUGAGGUAUUUCAACGUAGUACCCUCUUCGAGCCUUUGACUUCAGUCCAGCCGGAUGUAUUCAAACGAGCUGGCAUAACUGGAGAGCAGAGGCGCCUAGGCCGCUAUCUCGACGAAGCUGUGAACGCGGGGAUUUUAAUCAACGUUCACAACGAACAUACGGCAUUACAUCCCAAUUACCAGUUAUAA